AGAUGCCUAGCCAAUGAGGGUGGGCCUGCUGGGUAUAAAUAGAGGCACUCUGUCAGCUUGACAGACAUUCAGCUAUUUUCUCAUUCCCAGAACCAAACAACAUGACUGGUCGUGGCAAAGGAGGUAAAGGACUCGGCAAAGGAGGCGCUAAGCGUCAUCGCAAAGUUUUGCGUGACAACAUCCAGGGUAUCACCAAACCAGCCAUCCGUCGUCUUGCUCGUCGUGGCGGUGUUAAACGUAUUUCUGGUCUCAUCUACGAGGAGACCCGUGGUGUUCUGAAGGUGUUCCUUGAAAACGUCAUUCGUGACGCUGUAACCUACACUGAACACGCCAAGAGGAAAACGGUGACGGCUAUGGAUGUCGUGUACGCUCUGAAACGCCAGGGUCGCACUCUGUACGGUUUCGGCGGCUAAACUUUCGACUCAUUGCUACUAAAUUAUCGGCCCUUUUCAGGGCCACCA